UUAUGGAUAAUGUUGAUUGCUUCUUCUUCUUCUUCUUCCUCUCCCCAAUCGAUAUCUUUUUAAUUCUCUCAUUCCUCUCCGACAAUGGCUACUUUCCUCACAGCUUUUGUUUCAAUCAAACCUACAGUCUUCUCAUUCCACUCUGAAUCCUUCACCUCUUUGCAGACACAGACCAAUGUCUUCUCCCUCAAACCAUUUCCUUCUCUCGCAGGAACCAUCUCCGUCUCCCUUCCACGGAGCUCCUCUAGGAUGAGAUUCAUUCCUCAUGCUGUAAUGGAGACGGAAGAAAAAGCCGCGUUGGACCCUAAUUUGGAAUCUUCCAGGCGUGUCUACAUCGGAAACAUACCCAGAACGGUGGACAAUGAGCAGCUCACCAAAAUCGUUGAAGAACACGGCGCCGUUGAAAAAGUUCAGGUGAUGUAUGAUAAGUAUUCAGGAAGAAGCCGUCGAUUUGGUUUUGCUACAAUGAAAUCAGUUGAAGAUGCCAAUGCUGUGAUUGAGAAAUUGAAUGGCAGUACCAUUGAAGGACGUGAAGUAAAGGCUAACAUCACAGAGAAACCUUUAGCAUCAUCAUCUCCUGAUUUAUCGCUGCUUCAGUCUGAAGAUUCCGCUUUUGUAGAUAGUCCUUACAAAGUGUAUGUAGGAAAUCUAGCAAAGACUGUUACAAAAGAGAUGCUUGAGAAUUUGUUCUCAGAGAAAGGGAAAGUUGUGAGUGCUAAGGUUUCAAGAGUACCUGGAACUUCCAAAUCCACCGGGUUUGGAUUUGUAACGUUUUCAUCAGAAGAAGAUGUGGAAGCUGCCAUUUUGGCUCUUAACAACUCUUUGCUGGAAGGACAGAAGAUUCGGGUGAAUAAGGCGUAGUGUAACAAAGAGCCUUUUGGCCUCAUAAGAACUUGAAAAGAAUCGGUUUUGAAGAGUUUGUAAUGCAAAACAUUAGAGCAUAGUAUCUAUCUAUAUCUUGUAUUCAUUUUAAGUUUGAGAUAUGAAAGCUAAACUAUCAAGUUUAUAAC